AUGUUGCACGCUCUUUUGGAUCCAGCCAAAAUGGUUGAUUUACUGGCAUUUCCAUGGGUUCUGGUGUGUUCUGUUCCCAAUGAAGAUAUCAUUCCGAAUCUACGCUAUAAUUUAAGGAGUUUCGCCAUUUGGCUCACAAAAUUGCUGCAACAGAAAGCAGUCGAAUAUGGAUGCACUCAUCGUUUUGAUAAGCAGCCAAAAGCUAUUUUUUAUACAACUCCGGGAAAUGAAGUAGAAGUAAGAAAAACAUAUAGUGCUAUACAUCAAGAUUAUCCAGAAGUAAUGGUUGUCAUCCAUAUAUUACCUGUUCCAAAUUCCCUUGAAUAUAGGUUAAUGAAAGAAUUAGCUGAUAAAUAUGACCUUAUACGACAGGGAAUUCUUUUGGAGAAUGCAAUCAAUCAGUUUGAAGAAGGAAAUAUGGAAAAUGUAAUUGGCAAUAUCCUCCAAUGGUUCAAUCGAUGUAUGUCUCGAUUUGUUGCUUUGGAAGAAAAGAAUCGUUCAAAUUUCACUUUGCUACUUGGGCAAGAAGAUCACUGUAUAAACUUGACUUCGUUUGCAAUGACGAACGUUAUAGAAUCAGUUCAGAAAGUACUUCAUGGCAAGGAUGAUACCGUUUUUAAUAAUAGUAAUAUGAAAUCAGUUGUUGAAGUUUAUGGUUAUCCAUUAUGUUUCAAUGAGUUCGAUAUCGCAAAUAUCUUCAAACAUUAUCGGAUUGUUAAAGUCGUGAAGAAUGCUAACAAAGCAAUGGUGCAGUUCGUGAACGAAAUUCAUGCAGUUCAAGCUAUUUUGGAGUACAAUGAAAUAUUCAUUGAUUCAGAGCACAUCUUAUCAGUUUUACCUACUCAUCCAACCAUAAAUGAGCAGGUCAAAAUAGCUCUUAGUGACAAACCAUACUUUUCUUAA